GUUUUUUUAGUAGUGGAAACAUUGUCUACACAGUAAAGUCGAUGGCUUAAUUUGAGCAAGCGUUGCUGUGGGUUUGGUUCCGUUGCGCUUCACGAGUCUGAAGGAUACAGGGCUUUUUUAUGAUGACAAUAUGACUGUGACUCACAGUAAAGGAAGAUCUGUCACUUACAAGACAAGUGGCCGCCCUGAUAGUGGAGGAGGUUUUGUAGACUGGACUUUAAACUUAAAUACAAUUCAAUCUGACAAGUUUUUAAACUUGCUUUUAAGCAUGGUGCCAGUUAUUUACCAGAAAAACCAGGAAGACAGGCAUAAGAAAGCAAACGGCAUCUGGCAAGAUGGAUUGUCGGGCGCAACGCAGACCUUCGCCAAGAGAUCAGAGCCACAUCUGGACUACCACGAGUUCUCGGAGCAGGCCUUCCACAGCAGCAGUGGGCAUGCUCCGGCCAGCUGCAGCCCCAAGUAUGACGACUAUGCCGGCUACAACUACUGUGACAACUACUGUGACGGAAGGGAGGCUUCAGAGACCACCGCCAUGCUACAGGGUGAAGAUCUGUCCAGCGAGGGCGAUGAUGUUAUCGUGGAAACAAACCAGAAGCCUCCGAAGGAGUCCAGCGGUGUCAUGGCUCUGCAGAUACUCGUGCCGUUCCUGCUGGCUGGGUUUGGAACAGUUUCGGCUGGCAUGGUUUUGGACAUAGUACAGCACUGGGAGGUGUUCAAAAACGUGACGGAAGUUUUCAUUCUAGUCCCCGCACUUCUUGGUCUCAAAGGGAACUUGGAAAUGACACUGGCCUCUCGGUUAUCCACGGCAGUAAACAUUGGGAAGAUGGACUCGCCCAUUGAAAAGUGGAAUCUAAUCAUUGGCAACUUGGCUUUAAAGCAGGUUCAGGCCACGGUGGUUGGUUUUUUAGCAGCUGUGGCGGCGAUCAUACUGGGCUGGAUUCCGGAGGGGAAAUAUUACCUCAGCCAUUCCAUACUUCUGUGCUCGAGCAGUGUGGCAACCGCCUUCAUUGCGUCUCUACUGCAGGGAAUAAUAAUGGUUGGAGUUAUCGUUGGCUCAAAGAAGACGGGCAUAAACCCUGACAACGUGGCCACGCCCAUCGCUGCUAGUUUUGGCGAUCUGAUCACUCUCGCCAUAUUAGCUUGGAUAAGUCAGGGUCUGUACGCCUGCCUCGACAGAUAUUACUACAUUUCUCCAUUAGUUUGUGCCUUCUUCUUGGCUCUGACACCCAUCUGGAUUAUAAUAGCUGCCAAACACCCAGCUACCAGGACAGUACUCCACUCAGGCUGGGAGCCCGUCAUUACAGCCAUGGUUAUAAGCAGCAUCGGGGGCCUUAUCCUGGACACUACUGUAUCUGACCCAAACUUGGUUGGGAUUGUUGUCUACACUCCAGUCAUCAAUGGUAUCGGUGGCAAUUUGGUGGCCAUUCAAGCCAGCAGGAUUUCUACCUACCUCCAUUUGCACAGCAUUCCUGGAGAACUGCCUGAGGAGCCCAAAGGUUGUUCCUACCCCUUUAGGACGUUUUUUGGUUCAGGAGCGAACAAUAAGUCGGCCCAGGUUCUCCUGCUCUUGGUGGUUCCGGGCCACUUGAUCUUCCUCUACACAAUCCACCUGAUGAAGAGCGGCCACACCUCCCUGACGGUCGUCUUUGUUGUUGUGUACCUAAUUGCUGCUGUGCUACAGGUGUUCACCCUGCUGUGGAUCGCUGACUGGAUGGUCCAUCGCUUCUGGAGGAAAGGGAAGGACCCUGACAGCUUCUCCAUCCCGUACCUGACGGCGCUCGGCGACCUGCUUGGGACCGCUCUGCUGGCCUUAAGUUUCCAUUUUCUAUGGCUUAUCGGAGACCGAGAUGGAGAUGUUGGGGACUAAUGGACCCUCCAAGCUGUUGUGGGGUCACCCAGAAGGAAAACACAGGCAGCCACCGCUGCCCCUCCCCAAAGCUCUUCGUCUGUCUUGUGACUUAUGCCAGGGUCGUCUGCUGUUCACCCUGACUCCAUAAACGGCCUUAACAUUCUUCUUAAGGAACUUGUGCUGAAACCACAAUGAAACGGUAUUUGUGCUGCUUUUUUUUUCUUUUGUAGAAUAAAUAAUUUGACACAGACAUAGAUUACAAGCUCACACUCUAAAGUUAAUUAGGAAAGAAUAGAGGAUGUUUACAAUGAGUAACUUUGAAACCACAGACCUAGCAGAAAUAUACUUUAUUAUUGAGUUAUAAUGCAAGGUUGGAGGCAAAGGAACUUUGGCUGCUUUUGUCUUACAGCUGUGUCGCACAACAAAGA